AAAAAAAAUAUGAACCUAAAAAUACAGGGAGCUCAGCACGGAGGAUAAUUGAAAAGAGCUCGCCAGGAUGAGGAGUGCCACUGCUUCGGUCUCUGUUCUUACAUUCUCUCACCAAUCUCACCUGUGCCCCUUCACAAUCCCCAUUACCUCUCUCUCUCCUCCAAACCCUAAUCUCUUUCCUCACUUUCGCCGCCCCGUUAUACGGACCAGGUACCGUCGCCGGGACUCAAAUGCCGACGAUGAUAAAGAAUUUGGCCCGCAGAGGCGGUGGUGGUAUGAUUACUCGCCGCGGGACCAAGGACCUGGGAUUCUUGAGGAAUUCAUUGAUAGUAUUUGGAUUAUUAAGGUAUUCGGAUCUUAUUUCCCGUUGCUUCCAGCCUUCCUCGUAUCGAUGCUCCUAGCAACGGGUCCCACUGCUUUCCUCCUGUCAUUAGCACUUCUCAUUGUGCAGUCAGCAUUUACUUUCGCAUUCAAGAAGUUGUGGGGCGAGAUACAAAACAACCCCAAACGGAAAAACAAAUCCAAGAGAAAGGUACGUGUCAACACUGCUAGCAAAAUUGAAUUCGAGGAGGAAGAAAGCAAAUGGGCACAAAAGGGGAGAACGGGGUAUCGAUCAUGGGUUGGUAGAGAUGAUUUUCCAGUUAAUGAGGAGCACCAAAAUCCCUCCACUUUUGGGGGGUGGGACGAUUUGGAUAGAACAAAGGAGUUUGAUAUGAAAUAUUCAAGAAGGUCAGCGGUGAAGGGCAAGUUUAGUAGAAGAGAGAGAGAAAGGGAAAUGCCGUUAUUGUUGAGGUUGCUGGUUGCUGUUUUCCCGUUCUUGGGUUCGUGGACUAAGAUGCUAUAGUUUUGAGCGCGACUUGGCUCAAGUUCUUGCUUCCAUGAUUGCAGGUACUCAUGGUUUCUUGUUUGUUACUUCUCGUUUCAUUCUAUUCAGUCUAAUCGUGAACUUUUAGCGUCGGAAUCAAGAAAAAUCAAUAUUCUUCCACGAGAGCUGCUAUGUUUUUGUACCUUAAGCAUCACCUCAUUGUAUACUGCUUGAACAUAAAUCCUUCUUGUUUCAGAUAUGGUUUCUGAUGUACUUUUGAGGUAUCUGUAUAACGUAUAGGUGUUAUUUUUCAUACGCAGCCCUAUACUUGCGUGUAAAGCAGAACAGCGGCUAACGCAAAGUGCUUUUGUUUGAAUAUAUUUCGGAAUUUUCUUAUAAA